UUUGUAAAUCUUUACAGAAGGUAAUUUACAUUAAAGCAUAAAAUCCAUAAACCACCCAUAAACUAAUCAAAUAUCAAAAGAGUAAAUAUUUUUAAGGUUAUGUUAUUCUAAACAUAACCUCAAAAAUAUCACGUGUCAAUGCGUGUCAUGCACGUCAAAAAAAUCUGUUUUUGUUUUUCGUUUGUUAUUAAUUGUUGAUUUUUAAAAGUAGAAAAAUCAACUUAAACAAUAAUUUACAGUCAAUUAGAAUUGUUUUAACGCUUCUUAACAAUUUCUUUCUUCAGUAGAAAAAAGGAAAAAAAACUGAAAAGAAGAAAUGGGAAAAAAUCACAGGCACAUGAAAAAUUUGAAAUCCGAAAGGGCAAAAAUAAAAUUAAAAACGAGUAAAAAAUCGAAACAAUUGCCAAAGGGACUAAAUGUUACGGACACAAGUUUUAAGUCGAAAAAAAUUGUUAUUCAAGAACAAUUAAAACAACAGGAUUCAACGGAAAUUCUCAGUCGACGAAAAUUGAAUGUCAAGGAUCUUUUGUCGAGACUGCAACAUUACAAUUCAACAGUUCGUCAGGAUGCAGUUCGUGAAUUAAAAGAACUUCUCAAUCUUCAUUCAAGUGAAAUUUUACGUGUUCAUUUAAAUUCCCUACUCCAGGGAAUUUGUGCCCUGACACUCGAUCGUGAACGUUCAAUUCGUCGCGAAUCACUCAAAGUAUUAAAUAUUAUUCUCAGUCCAGUUUCCAAUGAGCAACUCGCACCCUUCAUCGAUAUUCUUCUCUCCUAUCUCAAUUGUUGCAUGACACACAUCAAUUCAAACAUCAAAGAAGAUUCACUUCUCUUUCUCGAUGUUCUCAUACAAAAUUGCGGUCACUCCAUUUCUCAAAAAACACAAAAAAUCCUUCCAAAUUUCCUCGAAAUGAUAUCGAAACUCAAUAUUGAAUCACAUCCCGGCAGGCAAUUAAUAACAAAUCUCAAUUCACGUAACACAAGUUGUAAAUGGCGAAUAAAAGUUCUCGCCAGUCUCGUAAAAAUUCUCAACGGAAUUUUGCAAAAUUUACGUGCGAAAAAACUCGAUUUAACGACAAAUAUCAAGACAAUACGUCCCACGGAAUUUAUCAAUUAUGCGCCAAUUUAUAAUAUGAAUUUACAAAUCAGUGAAAUUAAUAUCGAGAAUCGAGGGAAUAUUAUUGAUGAAUUAAAUAUCAUUGAUUUUGGCAAAUAUAUUGAUUCACUGUGGCCAUUAUUAUUUGACAGUUGGUUGGAAAUUUCGCCGAGGGAAAAAAUUUUAAAUCAAGAUUCUUCAAUAACAAACGAGGCGUGUUUGUUGUUAAAAAAUAUUUUCGAUAUUUUUCAAAUAUUUGUCGAUAUUAUUCUUGAAUUCUAUGAAACGGAGGAGAAAAAGAAUGAGAUUUGCUUGGAAAUAAAGGGAAAAUAUUAUGGGAAUUUUGUGAAAAAUUUUAUUCAACGAUUUCCGUUUGAGGGAAAAAUUAACAAUAAUAAUAGUGAAAUGAAUUUAAGACAUAAACGACAGAGGGAUAUUGAAUUUUCAACUAAUGGAAAAAUUACAUCGGGUGAUGAUAAUUGUUUGGAGCAAAAUUUAGCAAUUUGUCGUGUUUAUAUUUGGUUAACGACUGUGAAGGAGAGGAAAAAUCGCAGUACAAUUGAUCGUGAAAUUUGUAGUGAAAUUCUACAAUUUUUAAAAGAAAAAAUGGAAAACUGGUCAAAUCGUGACGCCCAGGCAGUGCCGCAAUUAUUGAAAACUUUAAGAACACUAUUUUUACAAGCGAGUAAAAUUUGGUAUCAAAAUCGAGUAUUUUUGAAUGAAACUUUAAAGUCAUUGAUAAAUUUACAAAUGCGCCAAACGAAUAAAGAAAUCAGCGCACAAUUUUUCGCAUUACUCAGUGAAAUUGCAAUUGAUCAUAAUUUAAAGGAAUUGCAUUGCGAGGAGGAAUUUAAAAAAUUCAUCAAAUCACUUCCCGCACUUUUACUUAAGGAGACAAUUCACGAGAAUUGCAUUCAAACAAUAAACACAAUUGUUCUUCGUUUUCGUAAAUCAAUUGAAAAUGAUUUAAUUAAACAUCACGAGGCAAUUAUCGAAAAUGCGAAACGAAUCGAAAUUCAUGGAACAGAAGACGAACGCACAUCGCGUCUAAUGAUUUGCAAUCUUUUCUAUUUCGUCGAUAAUGAAAUUUAUCAUUAAUACUUUAUUUAUUAGAAAUUAAAUAAUUAAUUUACUUUGUAAUUGUAUAAAAUUCUUGUAUUUUAUUUUCUUUUUCUUAUAAACAGAAAAAUUUUACUUUGGAAC